CUACGCUAGAAGCUGCCAUAGGUAUUAUUUUUGCGCAAGUAGAUCCAGCACCUGAUUUCUUAUCCCUUAUUCUUGAAGAUUCAUUUCGCUAGCAAACCACGAGGACCAAUCUUUCGAUUUUAUUUCCUAGAAGAGUCCGAAUCCGAUGAAAAUGGGAGACGACUCAAACCCGCACAUGCCUGAGGAGGAGGCGCCUGCCUCGGUGCCGGAUGCGCCGAAGCGUAAGUCGGCGUUUGCUUUGCAAAAGGAGCGUGCAGAGGCCAAAGCAAAGGCUAGGAUUGCGGAAAAACGAAAGGCUGCUGGGGGUCAAUGGGAUAGCACAGUGAUCGUGAGCCCUUUAGAAGUGACUCCAAAGAACGAUAGCGCGAUCUCGCCUUUGAUUGACACGACUAUUCACAUGCCAUCGGGGGAUGGUGCUAAUGCCGAUGGCACAAACAACCUACAACAAGCUGUGGUCACCGAUGGGAACACCACCAAUGAUAUCGCAGGAGAAGUGAAAAGAAAAUUGAGUGGUAGUGCUAUGAAGCUUCGAGAUCUGAUAAAAAAGCACACCGUCACUAAGAAAGCCAGCAUCCUCGCCACGGUUGGCAUCAAACUUCCAGAGGAAGCGCAGCUUGAGGAUGCGAAACUCGCCGUGGAGGAGGCUCAUCGAGAAUUGAAGCGUUCGCCGUCGCCAAGUCACACUGAUGCUGGGAGAAAAAGCCAGUUUAUUCAAGCUCGUAGGGAAGAUUUCGCGUCCAGAUCUGGAAUGAAGAAUGGAAACGAACAAGCGACGUUGGUGCUUUUGCAACAACAAGGUGGUCCGAGAACUUCUAAAGGGUGGAGUCGGGCAGCGUCUAAAAGCAAAGGCGGAAGUCCCGGAAGUGCGGACGAGGAGGGAAAGCAAGUUUAUUUCGGUCCCGACACUGUGUUGGACGCAGGCCCUGGUGGCAAUUCCCACGCUCGUGGUGCAGACGAAUUGGAGGUGGACCCUGAAGCCCUGAAGGAGUACGAUUAUAGGACUAUCAAAAAGGCCAAGCGCCAGGACGUUCCACCGUACUGGAUCAAACACCAGCACAAGGUCGAGGAGGAACUCGAAUUAGAGGCAGAGAGAGAAAAAGAGCGCGAGGCGGCAAAAGCCAAGGCAGGCUUCGCAGCGCGACACGGUCGCAAAGGGCCACCUGUAACCACAGUCAGAGACGUGAGGGGCGCAAAGAGACGCAUAUUAGGCCAAGAGGAGGAACAAGAUCACCAUCACGCGCAAGAAAGCAAGCGGAGGGCCGUCUACUGCUGCGAGUGCUUCCCGGGUUUGUUUCGUGAUGAUUGCGACAUGCUUCUACUGGGCUGUCACCCGAUGGAUUGCUGUGUACCAGUCGACGAGGAGGAAGAGCAAACGCAGAAAUUUGCACAGAAAAAACAGACUAAUAUAGAAGGCGAAGGGGAGGCGGCGAAUCCAGAAAUUGAGGGCGGCGAGGAUGUGGAGGUGGGCGCAGGAGAGGUGGCGAAACUGCGCGAAGAGAUAGUCGGAAAACAUCGCCCUCCAAAACGCGGGAUCGUCGGACGCUGCUGCCACUGUUUGGCCGAAAGUGCCACUACCGUUUGCCUGCACCUUCCCUACCUCUGUGCGAAAGGCGCCUGCAAAGCCUGCGUGAAAUGUGGAGAAGGCUUGUGCCAAGUGUGCGUUCCGUGCUCGUUAAAGUGUCUCCCCGGACCGCGGUGCGCGUGCGACUGCGUCGUGCGCUGCCACCCGCACACUUCCUCGCUUUGCGCC